AUGUCUUUAAACAAGCAAUCCGUCGUCGAGACGCUCGACGUGCUCCCGGAUCAGCACCUGGCCAUCGGCGCGGGGGAGCGAAAGGUCGCACACGCUCGCGAGCAUGACCGACAGUCGGCCACGUCAGUUCACACCACAACCGAGGGCCGCAGCAGGCCUGUCAUCCGAGAGACGGCAGCAGCACCUACCUGCGCGGUGCGAUCCAAGGACAGGAUUCGGCCGCGCAGUGCCACUGCGCGAAGUGCAAAUAUACCUGCUGAAACCCGCGCCAUUCGCUCAAAAUCCGUGCCUCGGCGGCAUCACCAGCAGGCACCCAUCAAUUCUGGCGACAAUUCAGACAUCGCAUCUUCCGAAGAGGAGAUGGGUGACAGCGCGUCGACAAAGCGCAGCAAGGUCUCAGCGCAGCCAGCCCUCCAAGAGCGCGAUUCUUCGCUGGUUGAGAUGAACCCGACUGGGCUGCUCACAGCACAGGACGGAUCUGGGAGCUCUAGCGGCAGCGGAUCGACCAUCACGCAGGUCUCGUACACCCGACACUCGCAGGUUCGCCCCAAGGCGUCCACUCACGCAGAAGAGCCGAUGCGGUCGCACGAGAAGAGGGCGCGAAAACCCGAUGCUUUGAGCUUCCUCGACCCAGACUCGCCCGUCAUCACCGAGGAGAGCAUUCAGCGAUCUGUCGCCGAAUCUGCGCGGUGGCGUCACCGGCCGGACCUCACCGAGGCCAAAACAUCGCCGUCCGCCAGGAGUAACUCGUCGUCCUCAACCGCCUCCAUGUCUAGCACCGAGAGCAAUCCUUUUGGCGACCGGACGGCGGACCACGACACGGACCCAAGCACUAGUCCGGAGCAAAGCGUCAAGGGCGACGGGUCACCGGUGCCCAAAUCCUCGGCGACGGGCCAUCAAAAGCAACCCGACUCAUCUCGCCAUGACAAGUACGGGACGCCCGAGAUGCCCAGAGGCUCCGCAAACCUCCCGCACCUUCCAGCCAAGGCACUCAAUCCACGGCCGCCGAAUCAAAAUCAUGUCAAGCAUCUUCCUCGCGCAGAGAAGCUUCCAUUGUCUGGAUACGAGCUGCUUGCCGCUCGUCUUUCCUCCCAAUCUCCCAUGUCCGACCGCUCACGCCGUGGAAGCAUCGGCGCCUCCAGUGUGCGGAGCGGCAGUAGCAGGGGUGGGUUCGACGACGGACUGCAACUGAGGCCCGUCUACAGGCGCUUCGAGGCGCUGAAUCACCGCCUCCUCCUUCAUCUCCAGGAUGAGCUGAGCGAGCUGGAGGAACAGCUGCACCGGCUCGACACGGCGGACACGCAGACCCGCCGCCUCCAAAAUCGCAUCCUGCCAGCUUCGCGGAGGGCCGAGUAUCUUGCGGGAGGCGAGCUGCAAUGGCACAAGACUGAUAUCCUGGGGAAGAUUGGGUACAAGCUGGGCCAGUACAGAUUCUCUGCAGAUCACGCACUGUCCUCGUUCACAGAGACACAAAAGCUGCCUGCGCCAACGUUCUCCGACGUUGAAACGUAUCGCACCUACCUGGCUACACAACAGCCCAUCGCCGAGAUCGAGACUCGGUUCCUUGAGCCGGUCGAUGACCUCGUCAGUCUGGCGCCAUCUUCGACCUACUCGCCCUCCACGUCGUCACAGUCCUCGGCAUCGGACUACCUGAACAACCUGUCCGACGAUGCUCUCACUCCAAUGCCCAGAUCGGGCCCAUUCCUGCCCAGUCUGCCUCCGAGGUCCUCUCGCGCGUCAUCCAUGGUGUCCAGGUCGCGCCCGGCAACUGCACUACGAGAGCGAGACGAGAUGCGGCAAGCAGGGCAUAUCGCCAGGUCGUCGUCCUCGCCAGUCGAGCUGCCUCAUUUGGCCAUCUCGAUGGCCGUGGCAGUGCUGGUCCCCAUCAUGACCUUCUCGGUCAUCCCGGGGUUCGUGGGCAGGAUGACGGUGGUGCUGCUCGUCGCCCUGGGUGUGUUUGGUGCCCAGAUGCAGGCCGGCACCAUUCCGGUCGAGGACAAUCCCGCCGGCAAUGUCUCGCACAAGGGUUCGACCAACGAUCUUGCUCUUGCCAUUGGCUUCUAUGGCGCGGUGAUGGCGAUCAUGGCAGCGAUUUCGAGUUGA